AUGAGAUUCGACUUGGCUUUCGUGUACCUCACCCUGGUCACUUCGGCGGCCGCAUCCGUCAUUGACCCGCCCCGUCGCAUCAAGCGCAUCGAGUCCGAACCCAGCGCCAACGAGCACGAGCUGUUCAAGCGUCGUGGCGGCGGCGGCGGCGGAGGACGCGGCGGCGGUAGCAGUGGUGGUAGCAGCAGCUCCGGUGGAAGCCGAGGUGGAAGCAGCUCCGGCGGCAGUUCUUCCGGAUCAAGCUCAGGAGGUAGUAGCAGCAGUGGCAGUGGCAGCAGCCGCUCUGGAGGUUCGAGCUCUGGAAGCGGAAGCAGCCGUUCAGGAAGUUCUAGAAGCUCAUAUCGUUCAGGUUCAAGCAGCAGCUUCAAGAACAACGGCGGAUCCUCCCGAACUUCGAAUGUAGGCGGUGGCUCCCGAGGCGGCUCCGGCCCCCAGCCCAACUUCGCCGGCGGUCGAUACUACCCCGGUGGUGCCGUCGCUCCCUACCGAUCCGGAAACCGAAGCCCCGGCGCCGGCAUCCUCCCCUUCGUCCUGAUCGGCAGCGCCCUCGCCUUCUGGCCCGGCGUCUGGCUGUACGGCGCCUACAUGUACCCCUACACCCACCAGUACCACUUCCACAACGACACGAGCGACGAGGAUGAGGUCCGCGACGUCAUGUGUGGAUGCAGCCGAUACCAGGUUUGCGGAUGCGACGACAACAACGAUACCGCUUACUACGACCAGCUCAUCGGCAACGGCAGCUGGGAGGCCCUCAACAAGUCCAUCGUCACCGUCGCCGAGUACAAGGGAAACAUCACCAUCCUCAUCAACGGAACCCUCCCCAACGGCACCACCGUCCCCGAGCAGGACAGUCCUGCAGGCCUUGGCAUGAGGGGCAUGAUCGAGGCCCUCGGCUACUGGCCUGCCGUGGCCGCAGUCGCCGCGACCGUCUUCCUCGUCUAG